UUAAACUCACUACCCAUUAUUUUUUUUAAUUCUAAAAUAAAUUUAAAAUUUAAAAAAAAAUCGUUCGCAUGCAUGAAAACGCACGUGGAGAGGUUAGUUAAUAAUAAUGAAUAAUAAUAAUAAAAUAUAAAAAAUAGAAACAUAGAGUUAAGAAAUGAACAUCCGCCCGAAAAAUAAAUGUUUAGAAAAGAACAACUCUUCCCUUGCCCAACGCAACGCCAAACACCCAUCCUCUCUCUAUCUCUGUACCCUUCUCCCCUAUCACUCAUUCUAAUAACUUGGCAGGGCAGAAGACGUGUGCGAGACUUGUCAGAGGAGGAGAAGCAGGCGGCGGCUGAAGGCAUUAACGUCGCCGGUCUUGAAGUGGACAUGAAAUUCAUCACAACUUAUUCUGGACCAUUAUAUCAAAUUAUUUAAAAUAUAGUCAAACAAAAAAACAAAUGUUGCCUUGGCCACUAAAAGGUGUUAGAUACAGAAACUAUUUGAAACUUUGAGUUGAUGGUUACCGGUGUGCAUGAGAAUUGAGGCAAGUUUUCCAUUUGUUUCUGGCGAGCCAAACAUAGGUCCAAAUGUUAGCUCUGUUACGUUUACCAAUUGCCAUGAUGCAUCUUAGCAACAGAGCUGGAUUACCUCUCAAGGGUUUCUCUCAGGCUCUUCUUCCCAUGCUGUGCAGUCUCAAGUUUCUAUACCACUCCAUGAACUACACGGUGACGCCUAGAAUCACAUCGCCUGAUAGAGAUUUUAGUGCCAGUUUUAAUGUGGCACAAUCCAACUGGCUAAUUACCAGGCUUAGCAAAGAUGGGAAAUUUAGAGAAGCACGCCAAGUGUUUGAUGGAAUGCCUGACAAAGACGUUGUCACAUGGACAACAGUGAUCACGGGUUAUAUCAGAUGUGGGAUGAUGGAGGAGGCUAGGAGUCUGUUUGACAGAGUGGAUGCUAAGAAGGAUGUGAUCACUUGGACUGCGUUGGUCAGUGGGUAUAUAAGGCUGAAACAAAUGAAGGAGGCAGAGAGGUUGUUUUAUCAGAUGCCGGUGAAGAAUGUGGUUUCUUGGAACACCAUGAUUGAUGGGUAUGCACGGAAUUGUCAGGUUGAUAUGGCUUUGGAGUUGUUUGAGAGGAUGCCAGAGAAGAAUGUGGUAUCUUGGAAUACAGUUUUAACGGCUUUGGCACACUCUGGCAGAAUUGAAGAGGCAAGGACGCGUUUUAAUUUGAUGCCGGAAAGGGAUGUUAUUUCAUGGACAGCAAUGGUUGCAGGAUUUUCAAGAAAUGGCAUGAUUGAUGAAGCUCGAGAAUUUUUUGAUAGGAUGCCUAAAAGGAAUGUGGUCUCGUGGAAUGCAAUGAUUACAGGCUACACCCAGAAUAUGAGAUUGGAUGAGGCUCUUGAAUUGUUUGAGAGGAUGCCGGGGAGGGACAUGCCAUCAUGGAAUACAAUGAUUACUGGUUUCAUUCAGAAUGGGGAUUUAAAGCGGGCGCAGGAAUUGUUUAUUCGAAUGCCGCAAAAGAAUGUCAUCUCUUGGACUACGAUGAUCACAGGGUAUGUACAAGAUGGGCAAAAUGAAAAAGCAUUGAUGUUUUUUUCAAAAAUGCUGGUGGAUAAUGGGGUGAAACCGAAUCAGGGAACUUUUGUGAGUGUUCUAAGUGCUUGUAGUAACUUAGCUGGUUUCAGUGAGGGGCAACAAAUACAUCAGAUGAUAAGUAAAACAGUCCAUCAUGAAUGUGCAUUCUUGGUAUCAGCACUCAUAAACAUGUAUUCAAAAUGUGGGGAGUUAGUCACUGCUAGGAAGAUGUUUGACGAUGGAUUGACAAUCCAUAGGGAUAUGGUCUCCUGGAAUGGUAUGAUUGCAGCCUAUGCACAUCAUGGAUGUGGUAUUGAGGCAAUUAACUUGUUUAAUGAAAUGCGGAAAUUAGGGUGCAAACCUGACGAUGUUACUUAUGUGGGGCUGCUUUCUGCAUGCAGCCAUGCUGGUUUGGUGGAGGAGGGGCUAAAGUAUUUUAAUGAGCUUCUUAGAGAUGGGUCAAUACAAGUGAGAGAAGAUCAUUACACAUGCUUGGUUGAUCUCUGUGGUCGGGCAGGGAGGCUCAAAGAAGCUUUUAAUGUCCUUGAGAAGCUGGGGACUAAGAUAUCAGCAUCUGUUUGGGGGGCUCUUCUUGCUGGAUGUAAUGUUCAUGGCAACAUGGAUAUUGGGAAGCUGGCUGCAGAGAAGCUUUUAGAGGGGGAGCCAGAGAAAGCAGGCACUUACUUGUUGUUGUGUAACAUAUAUGCUUCAUCUGGGAAAUGGAGAGAAGCUGCAAAGAUAAGGAUGAAAAUGAAAGAGAAAGGGUUGAAGAAGCAGCCUGGUUGCAGUUGGAUAGAAGUUGGAAAUAAGGUGCAUGUGUUUGUGGUUGGUGAUAAGUCUCAUUAUCAGUCUGAACUUAUAUAUUCUUUAAUUUACAAUCUACAUGAAAGAAUGAAGAAGAUUGGUUAUAUACCUUAUGAUGAUCUGACAGUAGAUGAUAAUUUUUCAUGAACAUAGAUUAUCGAUUAGCAGAUAGUUCAAAAGGCACUAUUAGAAAAGUGAUUAAUUAUCCACGACGAGUUCGCUCACAUCUCUCUCUUUCGUUGGCAUCUCCUCUCACUCUCUCAGACCCAUCAAAUUCUCCAAGCCCAUAGAUUUUUCAUUUCCUAGCAGCUUCUUGCUUAUAAACACAACCCUCAAACAAGCCCAGCAAGAAAUUCAAAGAAUUCCUCCUGACAACUGCAUAAUUGUGUGUGGUUUACAUGGUUGGUGGCUAUCAUCCUAAUCUUUUUUAUUUCUAUGUGCGAAACCACAUAUCGGAUCUAGCUCCGCAUAGAGCAUGUCAUAGACUGAAAAUUUCCUUUAAUUUCAUUAAUUAGGAAUCUCAUUCCUCAAUUUCUUUGUUCUUUGAUCUUUUCAAUGACAACAACAAUGGAUAUAUCAAGUUUGCAGAGUUUGUGCAGACAUUGAGUGUUUUCCACCCAAAAAUCCCUGAUGCAAUCAAAAUUACUUAUGCUUUUGAAUUGUAUGAUUUGGGGCGCACUGGUUACAUCGAGUGAAGGGAGGCAUUGAAGGGCCCUGCUCAGCCUGAUCGGAUUACAAAAAUAAGAUUGCAGUUUCAAACAUUCCUUUCAGAGGCAACUGGAUUUUAUCAUGAUUUGAUAGUGAAGAUGAGAGCAAAGUAUGGGCUCCCUCUGGCCUCUGGGGUAUUUCUCUGAGGAUCCUGAAAAUAGAAUUGUUAUGGACGAGGAUACAGAAAUGAAGAUGAUGCCACCGAUGUUUGAUCUACUUGGGUGAUCUUGCAUGCUACAAAGGAUCAUCAGCUAUUUGUUUUGAUAUUUUUCUUCAUAUAUUUUUCUCCGGACGUGUCUGUUUAUGAUGAUUUUGGCCCUUCACUCUGACAAAUCAUCCUCCUUUUUCAGCUUCCUAGAGUUGGUGGCUGUUUAUUGAUAUUUUCCUAGCCUGGCGGUGGAUAGUCCCUUUUCAACUGCAAGUGAUAACUUGAUCGUUGCAUUGUGACAAGUGGAGUAAAAGAAGGAAAUACCUUCUGUUGUUUACCAGUUCAAUUCUUCCAUCAACUUUUUCUGCAAGGCCAAAAUGAUGGAUGAUGCAUUGAAGACGUACAGAAGAAUGCAAGAGAUGAAAAUUCAACCCACUGAGCAAACACUUACCUAUCUGUUAUAUGCGAUCUUGUGGGGGAACAUUAAGAGGAAUAUGGAGAGUGGAAAUUUGGUGGUAAGCAGAGAUCUACAUGAGUACUUGCUACUGAACUGUCUUCGUGGUGGCUACUUUGAGAGAGUGACGGUGGUCCUUGACUUUAUGAAGGAACAUGGCAUGUGCACCGACAAGUGGUUGUACAGAGUGAGUUUGUAAAACUUGAUAAGAAUCUUUAUAGGAAUUUAAAGGCGUCAGAAGCCAGAACUGAGGCUCAGUUGAUUGAAGAGAAGUUCAAUAUGAACUGGGAUGAUUUACUGCAAGAAAAGCCAUUUAUGGUGCACUGCGACUCUCAUUGACCUAAACCAAUUACCUUCUACAGCUCCGAGUUUCCUAAACUAACACUGAUUUAAAGUUAGGGGAGCAGUGUAACUGCCAUCAACUCCUAUAACUCUUUUCCUUAAGUUUAGGUUAGUUCCCUCUUAAUUAGGUAUUCUUCGGAGUUCCUACCUAGAACUCCCUUAUAAACUAGAAAGUUGAAGGUUUUGCAACAGCGAAUAUGGAAGAUGCAUUAUGGUUCUCAAGUGAAACCAAACUCAUACUCCAUUUGUAAUGUCUGUAUCAUGCCGGGGAGUGACGUGCCAUCAUGGAAUACAAGGAUUACUGGUUUCAUUCAGAAUGGGGAUUUAAAGCGGGCGAAGGAGUUGUUUAUUCAAAUGCCGCAAAAGAAUGUCAUGUCAUGGACUACGAUGAUCACAGGGUAUGUACAAGAUGGGCAAAAUGAAAAAGCAUUGAUGAUUUUUUCAAAAAUGCUGGUGGAUAAUGGAGUGAAACCAAAUCAGGGAACUUUUGUGAAUGUUCCAAGUACUUGUAGUAACCGAGCUGGUUUCAGUGAGGGACAACAAAUACAUCAGAUGAUAAGUAAAACAGUCCCCAAAAAAAAAAAAAACCUGUAUAUGUAUUUUACUCCUAAAAUAAACUCACAUGCUUGAGAAUCUCUUUCAUUAUAAAAACCAAAUUGGUACUUUCAUCUAUUA